GCCGGCCGCCACUGCACUGGAUGUUUCGGCGCGGGGCGGGCCGUAUCCGGUUGAUCAACAGUUGAAGAUAUUGUGAAGUCUUUUACUUGACCGUACACCUUUGUUUUUCCACUAUGUUCUGCAGAAGCAUCGGUUGGCUCAUCUAUAUUUUUGUGGUAGUGAUCAUAACUCCCGACUACAGCGGCACAGAUUCCAUUGAAGGCUCCGAUCCCGGAGUCUUAAUCAACCGUUCAAGAACCGACAGUCCAGAAUCGUUCACAGUGGAGCCAAUUCAGGGGACCAGGCAGACCACACCUUUGGACGUGGACACCCCACUAUUGUUUCAGGCACCAGCAGCAACCGGCACGCCAGCCACUGGAGACAGCAGGCCCACCCCCAGCGCUGGGUCGCACAGUGACCAUGGUGACCAAGGCCAGACUCCUGCCUCGGCUGUCACACCCGCAGCUCCCUGCAGCAGCCGUCCGCUUAAUGCCACUGCCGUGUCUCUCCUGCGGAACCUUUCUACAGAAGAGAAGGGCACGAGACUGAUCUAUGCGGCUGAGGAGGGGGCGGUGGAGGAUCUGCAAGCGCUGCUCGAGGCUGGAGCAAACGUAGGGGCGAGGGACGAGAUCGGGGAGACCGCCCUACACUGGGCAGCACAAUGGGGACACACAGACUCGGCGAAGUGUCUGCUGGAGGCCGGCGCAGAGGUUGACGCCAGAAGCGACGGGCAGAGCACGCCUCUGCAGCUGGCCGCAGAGAGAGGGCGCACGGCUGUGGUGCGACUGCUACUGGCUUCUUCUGCCGACCCCAACGCCAGGACUCUGUAUGGGAGGACACCACUCCACUCCGCGGCAGAGCAGGGACACACAGCCGUGGUGCGGCUGCUGCUGGCGUUUUCCGCCAACCACAGCGCCACGGAUCACGACGGGUGGACGCCGCUCCACUUAGCGGCAUAUAGUGGCCUCGCUGAGACGGCAGCCGCGCUGCUCGAGGCUGGGGCCGACAAGGGGGUCAGAAGCAACCUGGGGAACACACCGCUGGACCUCGCCAGGGAGCAGGACAAACAGCAGCUGGUAGACAUGCUAAAAUGAAGCCAGCAGUCCAACGGACAUUUGUGGAAUAAAAUGGAUUUAUUUUUAAAGUAAAGAAUACAAAAAAGUUAA